AUGUCACCCUAUACUCCCACCUCCAUCCAGACAACGCUGCCCAGCACACCACUACCACCAAACUCGCAGCGCCAGCCAAUCGCCACACAACGCCUGGUGGUACGCCCGUUGCAACAAGAUGAUCUCGAAGCUUUUCACAUACUUCGCACCCAACGCGAAGCAAUGACCGGUACACGUUUAGGAAGACCGGAUCGCAACAUGCAAGAGACCCAAGAAGCAUUGGACUACUUUCUAACCCCCAACGACGCGGAAGUCUUCCUUUUCGGUGCUUUUCUCGACGGAGAGCUGAUCGGUGAAGGUGGGGUGCAUACGCUUGAGUCAUCGGGAUGUGGAUGGCCAGAGAUUGGGUAUAAGCUAAAGAAAGAACACUGGAACAAGGGUUACGUGACCGAGCUUUUGCAAACAGUUCUGAAAGCUUGGUGGAAGUUGCCCCGUUGCAAGGUUGAAAUCAAGGUGCACCUGCAGAGCGUGGAUGCCGGAAAUCCACACGCAGAAUACGUCUACGCCAACACGGAAAUAGAUAAUUUGGCCAGCCAGAGAGUUUUGCAGAAGCUUGGAUUUGAACGAUUCUCGGAGUGGACCGAGCCGGAUACACAGGAGCACCGAUUGGGGGAACCUGUUACCUUGGUUGGUUAUAAGCUUUUACAGAAACUCAUGACUUGA